AAACAAGCUGGUAAUUAAAAAUUCAUAGCUUGGCUUAACAUAACUAAACUAACUUGAAACAUUUAUAGUUAAACUGAUAAAUUUUGCGCCGUUAAAAAGUGGGUUACGCCGUUAAAGAAUGGAUUAGAUAAUAUUAUACAUAAACUGCUGAAGCAUAUUAUUGCUUUAAAAAGAAUAUGCUAUUUUCAAACUAUGAAUUUUUGUGGAAUGGUCUCUGGCUAUUUUGUUUUUACUUACCUUGUCGUCGCAAGCACAGCAUUAAGUCCAGCAGCAAUGCAAAAGUUAAAGAAGUUGAAACAGCGGUUCACGAAGGAAAAUGAUAAAUUAAAAGAGAAAGACAAUCUAAUGCUGGAUUCGGGAAAACUACACCAAGCUGUUGGGUCACAUGGGGUGAACUUUGAGCUAUGGUUGGAGAUGGAUGGAUAUUCAGUAAAGUCAUUGCUAAAAGAUUCUAGAUUUCCCCAUACCCCCGACAUUCGUACACUAUCUCACAGUUUCAAAGAACCGCUGAACCUGGGAGAAAGUUACGCAUCUCGGAUGUAUGCAUGGUUCGCGCCGCCAGAGACUGGAAACUAUAUUUUUCUCAUCGCUAGUAACCACGAAGGACAGUUAUUUCUUAGCACCGAUGAUAAACCAGAAAACAAGCGUCUCGUUGCCUACGUAAAGAACCCUGAUUCAACUGAUGAUUUGGAGUUUAACAGAAUAGAGAGCCAGAAGUCCGCAAUGAUUCCACUGAUGAAGAAUAACUAUUACUAUUUGGAAGGUCUGCACAAAGAGCUCUUUGGUAUUGAUAAUUUUGGUGUAGGAGUAAUAUUUCCUAAUGGAACAAAGGAUGUACCAAUUGAUGAAGAAUAUUGCUAUCAUUAUUAUAGAUCGUAUUCUUAUAAAGAUAAAACUUCAAGCCCGGAGGACGCCGGAAUGAAGGCGGCAGAAAAAGCAGCAGGGGAAAUAAUGGAUAAAGCGAAAUUGAAGGCAGAGCUUGUCGCAAAGUUGGAAGCUAAAAAAGAAAUUGAUAAAAUAUUGAACAUCGCUCCACUGCCACCAGGCUCCAAUCAUACUGGAAAAAUCUCGAAAUAUGUUGAAGACAUUCAUAUUCAUGAAGUUAUUGGGCAAAUUCUCAAUGACAAGAAGAAAAUAACUGCCAAGUCUUGGCGUGUUACAGGAUUUCCAGGAACCAUAAAGAUCUAUUCAUUGGAUUUUCCUGCGAAACAAAUACGUUUUAAGAAAAACCUGGCAUGGACAGUUGAGAAUGAGGAGCUCAUUCUAGGACAAUGGGGUGACUGUUUCAUUCCACACACACCUGGAAACAUGAAUGGAAGCGGAGGGGUUGAACAUGGACAAACCGUAUCGUUUGAAGUCUACAACAAACCGGGGUAUUUUAUCAUCCAGAAGAAUUAUAAAUUCAUCAUUGCCAAGAAUGAAAGUGCGCGUUUAUUCAGAAAAGAAUCGUCGUUUACAGAGCGACAUAGGGUGAGCUUACCACGUACUUCUUCAUUUCAACUCUAUGAAGCAGGUCAUUAUGGCUGGUUCGUUUGUGUCGGUGAAAAGAUGGGGAGACUACGUUAUAGAAUGGAGUUUUUAUAUGAUGACGAAAGUCAAAUUUUCCUCAGAAAUUGCUCAUUCCACAUUCUUCCCUCGCAGAAUUGUUCUGUACAAGCUAGAUAUCACAGGAAUAUAACGCGUCCACAUCCAGCUACUUGCAUCAUGCUUAGGUUUGUCAAACUUGAGGUGACCACAUCGCUGUUACUGUCUUGCACCAACAGGAUGUCACAUCCGUAUAAAAUGGACGACAAAGUUUUCGAAUUGAAACUUGUCUAUCAGCCCCCUGUCAACGAUGCCAUCAUUUGCACAGUACGUGACCCGGAGUUUGCGGGAAGGAUUUGUUACCUCAACCUCAAGUCAAAGAUAUGGGCUCAAGCAAAGGCAGAUUGUUUCUCGUACACAAAAGUGUAUGUGACGUGCAAAAAUAAAGAAACGCCAUGUGUGAAGCCACGGCCGCCAUGUAUAACUACAACACCACGACCAAAAACCACUCGCUUACCUUCUACCACGCCAAGAAAGACAACUAUGGAAAGUACCACCCGUGGCACACCAGCAGCUUCACCCGAACAUUGGGGAACAACAACCACACCAAAACCUUCACCAACCGCAUCACCUGAACGUGGCUCGCCCUCGCCCUCGCCCUCUUCCAUACCAAAGAUCCAUGUCUGUCCAGGUAAACCCGGCCCUCCUGGAAAACCUGGUGAAAAAGGCCCAAGAGGAUAUCCUGGACCGCCAGGCCCUGCAGGGCCCCCAGGAUUGCCAGGAUGCAUAGAUAUGACAUCCAAACCAACUCAUCCCACUAGUAGUCCAGCGACUCUAAGGCCAGUCACGAGCCGUCCUAUUACCAUCCGACCGGUUGGUCCUACAAGUCAAGUGAAUGAGACCAUUCCCCAAACAAAUAUCACCGUUGCAAUGAAAAACCCUGAUAACCCACCAAAAGCAACAAAUGUUAUGGACGCUCGAUCAAUCAUUGCAACUCUCCCAGUAGGUAAUGUACCGAAUCCUUGUUUAUUCCGGUUUCCGCCUGGUCCUCCAGGGUUUCCAGGCCCCCGGGGACCAAUGGGCCCAACAGGCUCUCGUGGUCUGCCAGGCCCUCCAGGUCCCCCUGGGAUUUGUCGAGAUCCACCUCCGCCACCGAAACCAGAAAGCAUAGUGUUUUCUUAUCCAUUUGGACGAAAGCUUCCGAGAGCUGCGACAUGUCUCCAGCUGUCCGUCACGCGGAGAAAAGGAUGCUCUUAA